GAGUGUCCUGUCGAUCACACACUCAACCCGUUGAACAUGAUGCCAGACCUUCCACAGACCAUGCACUCGUCACAGGCAGAGAGCCUGUCGACUGAACGCGAGCUGUCGUCGAUUCCGCGUGCGACAGACGACGACACUGUGUGGGAAUACCCGUCGCCGCAGCAAUUCUACAAUGCGCUGGCGCGCAAGGAUAUGGCGGCACCCGAGGAAUAUAUGGACAUCAUGGUUGAUAUCCACAACUUCUUGAACGAAGGCGCAUGGAACGAAGUGCUGAAGUGGGAGUCAAGGCACAAGGACCAGUGCAUGGCGCCGAAGCUGCUGCGGCUCCAGGGCCGCCCGCGCGAUCUCAGCCCGAUGGCCAGGUUCACGAGCUGGAUGCACGGAGUCAAGCCUUUUGACCGCCACGACUGGUAUGUUGAUCGCUGCGGCAAACAGGUGCGCUAUGUCAUCGACUACUACGAGGGUGCUCCCGAGAACGAUAUGCCCGUGUUCAACCUGGUUGUGCGGCCAGCUGUCGAUGACUUUGAAAGCUUGACGGACCGCUGUCGGGCACUGUGGCAGGACGCC